UAGGCAAAGGAAGCGGCACGCUAUCUCACUCCCCGCACACGAGCUUCUUAGCGGUUAGUGAGCAAUCUGGCCACCGGUUUAACUAGUUUUACCCGCCACCAUGUCUGUUUUGUGUUACAAUAAGGGAUGUGGACAGCGAUUUGAUCCAGAAAAUAACCCAGACGAUGGCUGCACCUAUCAUCCGGGAGUCCCAGUAUUUCAUGAUGCAUUGAAGGGAUGGUCCUGCUGCAAGAGAAGAACAACUGACUUCUCAGACUUCCUCAGCAUUGUUGGCUGCACAAAAGGUCCCCAUAACAAAGAAAAGCCCCCUGAGCCGGUGAAACCAGAUGUAACAUCUUCAGGGGAAAAGAAAGAGGCAGAUGACCAAAAACCAAAGUUUAACGAGUACAUCAUCUCCGCACCAAAGCCUCAGGAGGCGAUAUGCAGACCAAGUGCUGAUGAGCCAAUGGGGAGAUUGCAGCAUAAAGUUUCUGCUUCUCUGAAGCAGGCUCUGGAGAAACUGAAGUUGUCUGAAAAUGCAGCAGAGAAGAAAGAGGAAGAUAGCGACGAGAUCAAGAUUGGAACAUCCUGUAAAAAUGGAGGGUGUACCAAAAGUUUUGAAGGACCUGCAAGCGACUCUGAUGUGUGCUUAUACCACUCUGGAUUUCCUAUCUUCCAUGAAGGGAUGAAAUACUGGAGCUGCUGUAAGAGGAAAACCUCUGACUUUAACACCUUCCUCUCUCAAGAGGGCUGCACCAAGGGAACACAUCUAUGGAGGAAAAAGGAUGCGGGUAAGAAAGUGGUUCCAUGUCGGUUUGACUGGCACCAGACCGGGACACAGGUCAUCAUCUCUAUCUACGCCAAGAAUGCCGUCCCUGAGCUAAGCUACGUGGAUGCAAACAGCACCACGCUCAACAUACAUGUUAUAUUUGAGGGAGAGAAGGAAUUUGAGCAGAAAAUCAGUUUGUGGGGAGUGAUAGAUGUGAGUAAGAGUAUAGUGAACAUGAUGGCAGCCAAGAUCGAGGUAGCCAUGAAGAAGUCUGAGGCCAUGUCAUGGGCUCGUCUUGACCUUCCUCCGCCCGUCACCCCACCCAAGGAGAGCGAGAAAAAAAAAGAAGAGGCUGAUAGUGAUGAUGAAGACGAAUGAUAAGGACUUACUGUAAGAACAUAGAGAGUAUCUUUUGCUGAAUCCAAGGCCACACAGUCCAUUUUUUACCUCUUUAAAGAGUCGCCUCUUUAGCUGUCAUGGAACUUUGGCCUCUACUCUUCAACAUUUACAACCACAACUCAGAAUGCUCAACUCUCAGCAUACUUUAUUUUGCUUAUGUUUCUCAAUUUUUGGCCCCGUUUUUGGACAUUGCGUAGGUUGGUAUUCUAAAGAAUCUUUAAACAUUUUUACAACAGUUUUUCACUUAAGGACCGAAUGAUAAGAGGGGGAACCCUAACUUUUAAUAGACUUUCAAUCAAGUCAGGCGAUGACAUACUUGUUAAUUACACUAACAUCGCACAAUAAGAUAGAAGUGUGACCAUGUUUUAUUUCACACCCAGAAAGCCUUUUAUGUGGACUGCUCACAUCACUUCAUCCUAAUGGACCACAGUUUUGACCACCUUCUGUUCUGCCAUUGUUUGGUAAAAGGUAAUUGCAUCUGUACAUUUCCAUUUGUUUCUUUCAUACUUGGCACACUUGAAGUAAUAUACUUGCAAUUUUUCAUAUAUAUUUCUUUUUUAUUCCAUCCUUUGGUUUCACGAGUUGUAUAAAUUAUUACAUUGUUUUGUACACCAGUAUCACAUCAGACUAAAUGCUGUAUUCAUAGAUAUAUACCUGUAUUUGUGUGAUGAUGAAGCUGCUCCAUGUACUGUAGUUUGAGUAGGAAAUUUGGAUCUCUAAAAUGUCCACACUUGUAUAAUAUGGAGUUUAUUCUAAAUAAAUUGUGUUAUAAGAAAUACAGUAGUUCCUUGGGACUCUUAAACUUACACAUGAAAUGUUUGGGAGAUGUGCUCCAACUAUCACAGUUAAAAAUGUAGAAUUGCUCCAAAUUUUGUUUUUUACAUGAUUAUACAUAAUGUAUAUUUUGUACAAGUUUUGCUUCCAAAUGCUCAAUGCUGUAUUUAUCCUAAUUUUUUUGUCAAAACAACAUAGCACCAUUUUAAUAAUGAGAAUGUACUGUAAUAUCGGAGAAUGCCAAGUGAAUACAAAGUAUUUUGAGCAAAGUACUGUGUUAUUAAGAAAAAUGCUAUGCUAGACAGCAUGUGUCAAGGCUUGGAAUGUAUGAAGUAAAUUUGGCUGAAUGAGACCAUGACAUAAAGGUAAAAUUAUUAGGGAACCAAUUUGUCUUACCAAAAAUAAACUUUUCUGUUGAACUUUUAAAA